AUGAAGAAUGAAUUUUCCAGGGAGUAUGACUUGUUAUUGUUCAUAGAGGAGGCAAUUGAAGCGAAAAUUAUUCUUCCUUCAUCAUUAUCAUCAAAUCAUCAUCAAAAUCAACCGACAUCAUCGACAUCUUCCUCUCAAAUUCUUCAUGUUUACUUGUAUGGAUCCCGAGCCUACUUUCCAUCUGAUGAAGAUCAACAACAACAGCAGCUCGGAUCUAACAGAGACUAUGAUACUGUUGUCAUUGUUGAGAAUUGUACCUUUAUCAAAUUGAUGAAUUAUUGCAAAACUCUUCAACAAGAACCUUCUCAUCAUCACACAGAGGAAAAUAUUAAACUUGAAGAAUUCCUACUCAAUUCUAACAAGCAAUACUACAAGAUUCUGUACACUUUUAUGAGGAAUAACGUGGAAAUAUCCAUGUCGAUCUAUUCGGAAAGGAUUUUCCAGAGAAUGAUUCAGGAUCACUCGAUAUUCAUCUUGUUUUGUGUUCAUAAUAGGAAUUCAAUAGUAAAGUGGAAGGAAACUUGGAAUGAACGAGUGGAGGGCUAUAAUUCCAAUGAUCUCUCCCUUUCCGAAUGUUACUAUAGGAAAUACUUUCAGAAACACAAGUUUGUUCCAUCUGUACUAUCGGAAGUGAAUAGAGCUUGGCAAAAGUUCUAUAACAAGAUUGUGAAAGAUCAUGAUGAGAGUAAGGGAACUAAGUUGGUGGUGUACUGCUUUAGAUUCUUGGCUUGGGCUACAGAAUUAUUGCAAUAUCAUUGUGUGGAUGAGUCAGUGUUUAGUGGAAAUGAAAUUUAUUGGAAUUUACAGCAAAAUGUGUUGGAUAAAUUUGAUAGACAGGAUUAUAAGGCCCUGUACAAGACUAUCGAUGAAGAGUAUGGAGAAAAGUAUAGUCUGACAGUAGAUUCAUUCACGAAAUUGUCUGAAUUUUCAUCUCUCUAUCCAAAUAUUAGUCUCACAAAAUCCGAAACAACUGAAGUGAUUAUUAGUGAUCCUUCAAUGGUAUUGAAAGAAAUGAAGCAAUUAUUGGAAGGAUUGAACAGCAUUGAGGAUCUGUAUAGACUCUUUUCAAUUUAUUACAAAAAUUCAGCACAAAGUCAAGGUAUUGCAUUGAGUGCUACCGAUAUGAGUCCAAGGGAUUAUCCAAUUAUUAGCCUGUGCAUUAACUCAUCUGUAAAUAAUUCAAUAUUAUUUGACACUGCUCAACAUUCAAUUCUCAAAGCAAUACCAUUUAUUCCUAAUAUUAGAAUAGAGAUGAACGAAAGUGCUUGCAGAGAAGUGAUGUUGAAGAAUAGUCCUGGAUCAACUUGGCAUGAAAUUUAUACCUCUCGAAAUCAUCAGAAUUGCUUUUUAGUUUGGUGGAACUUUCAAAGUUCAAAGUGGUGCGUGAAUGAAGCAACUAAUUUAACAUUGGCUUUGAGAAUAUUCAUUAAUUACCUACCAUGUUUAUUGAAUAAUGAUCAAUUUGAAAAUUAUUCAAUAACUAUACAACUAGAAAAUUCGAAUGAUAUUACUAUAAUAGGAUUUAAUUAUUUGGAAAAAUCUGGAAAUUAUAGACAACAACUGGUUACCAAAUUUGAGGAUUUUGCUCCAAAUAUUAUUUUCUCUAAAGAGAAUUUUAAUAGAGAUGAAUUUAAUUUAACAUUUAGAAAACCAAUACUCAAAAUUCAGCAACCUAGUGUAGCUUUAACAUUUGAUGGAUACAGAACCUUUGUAUUGAAUCACGAUGAAAUUCAAGAUAUUCUCCAUGACAAUCAAGUGGAAGUUAUUGAAAUAUUUACCUAUUCUUCUGAUGUGGACACAAAGCCACUCUAUACCUCCAUAACUACGCCUUCAUAUAAUUGCCUUCGUAAAAUGAAACAGGUAAUUCUCGAUAAUGGAGAUUGCACGCUCAGAGAAGUCUCACAACUACCAAAGCAUAUAAAGGAAUUGUGCUUGGAAUUCACUCGUUGGAAUUUAAAUAUUAACAAGUUAUUGGAGGACAUACAGCUUGAAUUUUAUGGAAAUACAGUGGAGAUGAUUUGUCAACAAAUUGAAUUAUAUAGUUCUUUAAUUUCAAACCUUAGAGAAACUAUUCAAAAGCUAUCUAAUAUUUCGGAACCCAAACUUUUGGACAAGAAUAUAAAAGAAAUUAUCACCAGUAAGCAAACAGUUUCACUACUCAAGGCAAUUCUAUUCCGAGUUCAACAAAAAUCCUCAGUGGGUGAUAUAAUUAUUAGAUGCAUUAGAAAUACAUACCGUCAAAGAUUAUUAACACUGUUGGAAGAAGUUUCUAAAAAACCUCAACAGUAG